GACCAAUAUAUAGAAAGCCCCAAGUCCCCAAGCAAAGAGAAAGGGCUGAGUCGGCCUUGGAUUUUGGGGUGAAAAAGCCUCGACUCUCACAGAGCCAAAAACCUCCUCUCCCUCUCCUCUUCUUCACUCUCUCUCACUUUAUUCUCUUCAAAAUUCGAUACUUUGCUCUGAGCCCAUAACGAGGUUUUUGUUUUCCUUAGACAACACACACUUACACAGUCUCUCUCACUCUCUCUCUAAUUGAUCCUACCUACAUUGUCUUGUUGCCCUCAGAAUCUCCUACUCUCCUACUCAGAAUCCCAGACCUCUUCUCUUCUCUGCUCCUUUCCUUCUAAAUUUCUCUGUUUUUUUUUGUUUCUCCACCAAUCUCAGAACAAGUACAAGUGAAAACUACCCAAGUAGGCGUUUUGGAUUUUAGCUCAGAGACUUAAAUGCCCAGAAACUGACUGGGGGUUUUUCUCUGAAAACAGGGGAGGCACACCCAUUUUUGUUUUUGUUUUCUUCUUACACUGAGCUUUUUCCAAUUGUUUUGAGAGAGCUUGAACCCUUUUGGGUACUGAGCUUCAGUUUGUGUUUUUCAUUUUGUCCUUGUCCUUGUCCUUGUUCUUCCACCACAUUGAUUUCUAAAGAGAAAUCCAGAGAGUGGUGAGUGGGACCAUUUAUUGCUGCAAAUCCAGAAUAGCCUUAUGAAGCAGUGAAACAAUGAUAGAUGGGAAUUCAAAGAAAAGCAAGCUUUCAUGGCCCAAGACACUGGUCAAGAAGUGGCUCAACAUCAAGAGCAAAGCUGAGGAUUUUCACGCAGACGAUGUUGUUUAUGGAGGUGGUGAUGAAGAGUGGAGGAACAACUAUUCAGAGAGGGAAGCAUGCACAAUCAAGAAAAGCAAAACAGAAAGGUUAAGCAAGAGGCACUCUGAUAAAGUCCGGCGAGGUAAGAUUGACAUGGACGUAUCACAGGUUACAGACGUACAAAACUAUAGGAUUUUUGUAGCUACAUGGAAUGUGGCUGGAAAAUCUCCUCCGAGUUGUUUGAAUCUAGAAGAUUGGCUUCAUACCUCUCCUCCUGCUGACAUUUAUGUUCUAGGGUUUCAAGAAAUAGUUCCUUUGAAUGCUGGCAAUGUGUUGGGGACAGAGGACAAUGCCCCGGCUAAAAAAUGGGUAGCCCUUAUAAGGAAGACUCUAAAUAGUCUUCCCGGCACAAGUGGUGGUUGCCAUACACCUUCGCCAGUUCCUGAUCCAAUUGUGGAGUUGGAUUCAGACUUUGAGGGAUCAACAAGGCAGAAGGCCUCCUCCUUCUUCCACCGCCGGUCCUUUCAAUCCUUGAGCCGCAGCAUGAGAAUGGAGAAUGACAUGUCAAUGCCACAACCCCAGCUUGAUCGACGGUACAGUGUUUGUGAUCGAGUUAUUUUUGGGAAUAGACCGAGUGACUAUGACCCCAAUGUAAGAUGGGGUUCCUCUGAUGAUGAUAAUGGACCUGGUGAGUCACCUGUUGUCACACAGUAUUCACCAAUGUCCAAUAGUGGAUCAUUUUCAAUAGAGGAUAGAGAAAGACAGCAAGGGAACUCAAGGUACUGCUUGGUUGCCAGCAAGCAAAUGGUUGGGAUAUUUUUAACGGUGUGGGUGAGAAGUGAUCUCAGAGAUGAUGUUCGCAAUAUGAAGGUGUCUUGUGUUGGCAGAGGAUUGAUGGGCUAUCUUGGAAAUAAGGGUUCAAUUUCAAUUAGCAUGUCCUUGCACCAAACAAGCUUCUGCUUCAUCUGUAGUCAUCUAACCUCUGGGCAGAAGGACGGAGAUGAACUUCGAAGAAACUCUGAUGUCUUGGAGAUCCUUAGGAAGACAAGGUUUCCCAGGGUUAAUGGAAUGGGAGAUGAAAGCUCUCCUCAGACUAUACUAGAGCAUGAUCGGAUCAUUUGGCUCGGUGAUUUGAAUUAUCGCAUUGCCCUUUCCUACCGCUAUGCAAAAGCUCUUGUUGAGAUGCGCAACUGGAGGGCAUUGUUAGAGAAGGACCAGCUGAGGAUAGAGCAGAGACGAGGACGUGUCUUUGGGGGAUGGAGUGAAGGGAAGAUAUAUUUCCCUCCGACAUACAAGUAUUUGAACAAUUCAGAUAGGUAUGCCGGUGAAGAUAGGCACAACAAGGAGAAGCGAAGAACUCCAGCAUGGUGUGAUCGUAUAUUAUGGCAUGGAAGAGGCCUCCUUCAAUUGUCCUAUGUUCGUGGGGAGUCGAGGUUCUCAGAUCACAGGCCAGUUUACAGCGUAUUUCUGGCAGAGGUCGAGUCCAUUAACCGUAACCGAAUCAAGAAAAGCAUGAGUUGUUCCAGUUCCAGGAUUGAGGUAGAGGAGCUGUUGCCACACUCGUGUGGAUACUCCCAACUAAAUUUCUAUUGAAAGGUGGCCUUUCAUUUCUAAGUAUUCCACUAAAGCAGAGUUUAUUCCACGAUCUCAUAAGUAAACAGGAAUCUUUUCGAAUACAAGCUGCGAGUGACAUUCAAUUUUUUUCCGGGAUUCCAACCCCAUUGAUCUCCUUGAUCAGUCAGAGAUGGUCACGGCUCAGUUGCAAAGGAAAUUCUGCCAUGAUGGUGAUAAAGACAGUUUAUUGCCCACAGUCCAAAACUAGGUCACAAUUGGCAAAUUUGGAAGCUUCUGGCACAAUGGUUGUGGCUGGUCUUGGAUGAGCAUGAUUACCCAUUUGGAGCCAAGAUGGUUUGACAUCUUAGUCUAUUCACAAUUGUUUUCUGAAAUGGGUAAAA